CAGUCAUUAGCUAACGUUAGAUAUCAUUUAAAGCUACGUUACCGGGUGGAGAAGAAGGUUCUUUUCUCCGGAAAAAGUGGCUAACCUUACGUUAGCUAGCUAGGUAACGUUAACCUUUAUUACCGGAGUCACUGACGUCUCCUCUUGCCGCAGAGAAGAGCAGAGGGAGGCUGUAGCGUUAGAUAUGUGAUUGUGGAAACGCUAACGUUAGCUAAUCUAUCUAAUGUUGACGGACACUGGAUGAGUUGAAACAGGAUUCUACAGGUGUAUGUGUUUGUGUCACGUCACUGAAACUACCCAGACAGCUGAGGAAACCAGCCCGACGCCGCCGUCAUGUUGGAGGAGGACAUGGAAGUGGCCAUCAAGGCGGUCGUGGUGGGAAAUGGAGCGGUUGGGAAGUCCAGUAUGAUCCAACGCUACUGCAAGGGCGUCUUCACUAAGGACUACAAAAAGACCAUUGGAGUGGACUUCCUGGAAAGGCAGAUACUCGUAAAUGACGAAGAGGUCCGACUAAUGCUGUGGGACACCGCUGGGCAGGAGGAGUUUGACGCUAUUACUAAGGCCUACUACCGUGGUGCCCAAGCAUGCGUGCUAGUCUUCUCUACCACAGACAGGGAGUCGUUUCAGGCUAUUGACAGCUGGAGGGAGAAGGUGGAGGCAGAGGUUGGAGAUAUUCCCACAGUUCUAGUGCAGAACAAAAUUGACCUCCUGGAAGAGACCCUUAUAAAAAACGAGGAGGCAGAAGCUUUGGCUAAAAGACUCAAGCUGAGAUUUUAUCGAACUUCAGUAAAAGAGGACCUAAAUGUCAACGAGGUUUUUAAGUAUUUAGCUGAGAAGUAUCUUCAGCGACUCAAACAGCAAACCGCAGAGGAAACCGAGGUACUCCAUACGGCAAGCAAUAAAAUAGGUGUUUUUAAUACCACAAGUAGUAAUGUCUGCAACCAGAGCUCCAGCAACGGAAGAGAAAUCAUCACUUUGCGACCAAACAAACAAAGGACCAAGAAGAGUAAAAAUCCUUUUGGAAGCUGCAGCCUACUCUAGAUAAAAUCCUUUAGCUUUAGUGACUGACUAUUGAUUCUAAUUGGUCGCUGUUGUAUUUUGUGGAGGUAGCCACAUUUAGAGACCAAAGCCCUAACAGACUGGGAAAUUCUACCCUAUAUACUACUUUAAUAACCUAAUGUUUAACCUGUAAGUUAUUCCCCCACGUUGAUGGUUGAAUUGUCUUUGAUUCGGCCUCAGAUCUCCAUCAGUGAUCUGCACACACAACCUGUCCUUGUGGUUGCCUUUAGUAACAGCAACAGCUGCAGCUACAGUACAUGUAUGUUGCUUAGAUAUGACUUGAAACACAAUCCUCUUAUGAAAUAUAAGAGAGCAAAUAUGUAAUAGCAAAGGUUGCACCCUUGCUCCGUGAAAACACCUGUAUAUGAUUUUUACAGUCACCAAUUCCAGUUUGACAUUAAAAUUGUGAAAUAUCUUUGCAUGCAUUGUAGAAGAUACAUAGGUAUAUUUGUUCCAUAUUUUUCUGUCAGCAUAAUAUGGUUCAAACUAUGCUGUGUAUUGUGGACGAAACACUAUCGACGUAAUUCUCUGUGCAGAAGUAUUUUUGUACGAAUCACAACAGUGUUGAGGGAUAUUUUUACUUUUUAAGUGUUGACAUAGUGCCAAAUGUUCUCUUUCUGAGCUGUAGGUAAAUAUUAACACUGCAGUGAUAUCCUGUUACAUGAAAUUAAUAGAAUGUGAUUUUAUGUGUAACCAAAUGACAACUAUUGACACAGAAUAGUCCUCUAUAUGUCUGCUUACACUCGGCUUAUUUACCGAUUUGUUAAUUAAGGCUUGUGAAGAAAGACAGGAGCUGAAGUCUCAAUCAGUUAUAGCACUAUAUUUUUGAUUGCAGUUGUUUACAUUUUACACAACUUUUCUUUAAAAGUGGAGUCUGUUAUUCUAAUCCAAUACACGUUUUGUCAAAAUCAGCAAAUAUCUCCUGGCAAUCUGCAUGCUGUCCGUUGAGCGUGUGCGCUGAUACAAAAAUGUUCAAAGUGUUCAUACACAGCCCACAGAGAAAGGGCCUGGAGGUAUAAAGAGAACGGCACUGGGAGCGAGAGGGAUGUUAAAUCUGGCACAAGCUUACGCUCUAAAGUUGCACUGAUGGGACUGUAGUUCUAAUACUUUACAAAACUAAACAUGGUACAAAAUUUGGCUUUCAUUUCUUGGUUUGGCUAGAGUAUGUAAUCAGUUUCUAUUCUUUUAAAUAUUCAUAUGUCAGUAGAGUCUGUUAAUAUGGUUUGGAGUCUUAAGAAGAACAAACACUCUGGCUCUCUGAAGGUAUAAAGAGACGACCGUUAGGAUGGGAUGAUUUGCUUUGUUGUGUCUGAAUAUGCAAGAAAACUCUUUCUUUUUACUCCAUUCAGGUACUCU